UCGCGUCUAAAUCUAGGGUUUUCUCUCCACAAAAUCGACGCAUUUUUCUUUCCACCAAAAGCUCAACCAUGGUAGUCGAAGCUUUCGAAGUCGGCGCUGUUCCCUUCAACCCCGAUGGCUGGGGUCCUCCUGAUGCUGCCUCGGAUUCUUCCGCUGCUACAAGCGUAGCCGCUGCGAAUCUCCUCCCUAACGUCCCUUUCUCGCCCUUCUCUCGCUCGGAAAAGCUCGGCCGCGUUGCCGAUUGGACCCGCGCUCUCUCCAAUCCCUCUGCGCGUCCUCCCACCGGUUCCAAAUCCGAUCCGACCGCUGUUUUCGACUUCUCCGCCUUCGCCGUCGACGACGCCUUCCCUCUCGCUUCCUCCGGUGGAAACGCGGAUGAGGAUUCCGCCUUCCGGCUUGUCGACGGCAAGCCUCCGCCACGUCCCAAGUUCGGACCCAAGUGGCGGGUUAAUCAGCAUCACAACCGGUCCCAGCUACCGCAGCGGAAGGAUGAGGAGGUCGAGGCGCGGAAGCGUGAGGCGGAGAAGGAACGUGCUCGUCGUGAUCGUCUCUACAAUCUCAAGCGGAACAACGUCAAUCAGCAGCGCCGUGAAUCGGCCGUGUUCAAGUCGUCUGUGGAUAUUCAACCGGAAUGGAACAUGCUCGAUCAGAUCCCUUUCUCCACCUUCUCGAAGCUGUCGUUCUCCGUUCAGGAGCCUGAAGAUCUUCUCCUGUGCGGCGGCCUCGAGUACUAUGACCGGAGCUAUGACCGUGUCACGCCUAAGAAUGAACGCCGGCUCGAGCGUUUCAAGAACAGGAACUUCUUCAAGGUCACAACGAGUGACGAUCCUGUCAUCAGGCGUCUCGCGAAUGAGGACAAAGCCACUGUCUUUGCCACUGAUGCUAUUCUCGCUGCUUUGAUGUGCGCUCCUCGAUCCGUUUACUCCUGGGAUAUCGUCAUCCAGCGUGUUGGGAACAAAUUGUUCUUCGAUAAGAGAGAUGGGUCACAGCUUGAUCUGUUGUCUGUGCACGAAACCUCACCGGAACCCUUACCUGAAGCCACAGAUGAUAUCAAUUCUGCUUAUUCCCUGGGUGUGGAGGCUGCGUAUAUCAACCAGAACUUUUCGCAGCAGGUUUUGGUUAGGGAUGGGAAUAAGGAAACUUUUGAUGAGCCGAACCCAUUUGCCAAUGAAGGUGAGGAGGUUGCCUCUGUUGCUUAUAGGUAUAGGAGAUGGAAGCUCGAUGAUGAUAUGUAUCUGGUUGCGAGGUGCGAGUUACAGAGCGUUGUUGCGGCCAACAACCAGAGACAGUUGCUCACUUUGAAUGCUCUCAAUGAGUUUGAUCCGAAAUACUCUGGAAUUGAUUGGAGGCAGAAGCUUGAUACUCAGAGAGGUGCCGUCUUGGCCACCGAGUUGAAGAACAAUGGAAAUAAGUUGGCUAAAUGGACUGCACAAGCUCUCUUAGCCAAUGCAGAUAUGAUGAAGAUUGGUUUUGUUUCGAGGGUUCAUCCCCGUGACCAUUUCAACCAUGUUAUACUUACCGUUCUGGGGUAUAAGCCGAGGGAUUUUGCUGCUCAGAUUAAUCUGAACACUUCUAACAUGUGGGGUAUUGUGAAAUCCAUUGUUGACCUGUGCAUGAAGCUUAAUGAAGGAAAGUAUGUUCUUGUUAAGGAUCCAUCAAAGCCUCAAGUGAGGAUCUACGAAGUUCCACCUGAUGCUUUUGAGAAUGAUUAUACCGAAGAGCCGCUCCCUGAGGAAGAACAGGUGCAGCCACCUUCGGAGAAUGCUGGGGGAGAUGAGACAGCCGGAGCAUCUACUAACGAAGCGGAUGAUAAGAAGGCCGAUGCUCAAGCUUGAUGGUGAAAUCGAUGGCAUCAUAGGAAGCAUCAUCAUUCACUUUCUCUUGAAUAUGAAUUGUUCACAGGUCAUAAUACAUGUGGGCUUGUUCUUGACACUCAGAUGUUUGUGUUGAAGAUUCCUUCAAGCAAGGCAAUGGAGGUUUUCUUCUAUCUUAUUCGCUAUGUCUCUUUUAUCUUCCUUUUUUUUUUUCCAAUUUUGAGGGAUGAUGUAGUCUUUAGACUGGAGAGUUUCUUGGUACAAUUUCACCUUGGUAUCUAUUGGUAAGCAUACCAAAGACAUGGGUUGUUUUUGUUAUAAUA